AUGCCAAUGCUCAAAGAUCCCUCAACAAAAUAUAAGCCGUUCAAGCCGCUGAACCUGCCGAACCGCCAAUGGCCCAACAAGACCAUCGAACGUGCCCCGCGAUGGAUGGCCACCGAUCUGCGUGAUGGCAACCAAAGUCUCCCCGAUCCCAUGGACGGCGAGCAAAAACUCCGCUUCUUCAAGAUGCUCGUGGAGAUCGGCUAUAAAGAGAUCGAAGUCUCAUUUCCCUCCGCCUCCCAAGUCGACUUCGACUUUACCCGUCGCCUGGUUGAGGAGCCCGGUCUGACUCCUGAUGAUGUCUGGCUCCAGGUUCUGGCUCCCUGUCGUGAGGAGCUCAUUCGCCGCACUGUCGAGUCCCUGCGAGGCGCUAAGAAGGCUAUUCUGCACAUUUACCUGGCUACAAGCCCAUGCUUCCGCCGUAUUAUCUUCAACAUGAACAAGGAGGAGAGUCUGAAGAGAGCUGUCGAGUGCGCCAGGUUCGCUCGCUCAAUCACCAAGGAUGAUCCUUCAAUGGCUGGCACAGAAUGGCAGUUCGAGUUCUCUCCCGAGACCUUCUCUGAUACCGAGCCCGAGUUCGCCGUGCAAGUUUGCGAGGCCGUUAAGGAAGCAUGGGGCCCGACUGUGGAGAACCCCAUCAUCUUCAACCUGCCCGCCACAGUUGAAAUGUCGACUCCCUAA